AUGAGGCCCUUCGCGGUAACGACCAAGACCGGCGGCCCCCCCGCCGGCAGGGCCACGCCCGUCAAGUCCAUCCUCAAACCCCCGUCCAUUCUGGGUCGUAGGACGGCCGAAGAUGCCGGCUUCGACGACGAUCCUGAGACGAUGGCAGCGGCAUCAUCGCCAAGCAUGGAGAGCCCGACCAAGCGUCGAAAGGUUCUGUUCGACGAGGUGCACAACAAGACGUACGAGGUCGGCAACAGGACAAUGGACGAGAUCAAGCGCGAGGUGAGGGAAGCCCUGGAGGAGCACCGCCGGGGCAACGACGGGCCCUACGACAGCCUCAAGGAGCUCUUCUCCAACGACAGGCAGCGGUACCUGCCGCCCGUGGCGGGCGAGGACGACGACACGCUCAAGCCGCAGGAGCUGAGGGCGUACGUCAUGGCCCUGACGAGCUGCAUGCCCAUGCUCAAGGACAAGGAGUGCAACGGCCUCGUCAAGACGAUCCUCCAGUGCUCGUGGCUGGGACGCGAUGACGAGUUCCUCCGCGUCUACACGUACUUUCUGGCCGCCCUCAUCAGCGCGCAGGGUACGUACCUGCUGCCCGUGCUGUCCAUGAUGGUGGAGAACUUCAAGAUCAGCCGAUCCUCGGCCUGGACCGUGGCCGACUUCCCCAGCGUCAGCCGGGAUGCCAUGCGCGCCCGCCUGCACCGGGCUCUGCGCCACCUCCUCCAGAUCUUCCCCGCCGCCGGCUCGGUGCUCGAGAGCCUCCUGGGGUCCAAGUUCCCGUUUCCUGACGAUCCGCUGCGCACACACAUGGCCUACGUCUACAACAUCAUCCGCGUGCAAGAGUACGCGCCCGCGCUGCGCGAGGAGGUCCUGGACCUCAUCCUGGACCGCGUAGUCAAGCUCGACGCCCAGAUGCAGCUGGACCUCGAGGACGUCGACGACGACCUGACGGCCGCUGUCAUGUACUCGCUGCAGGAGAACGGCGGCGCGCGUGGCCCCGCCACGCAGUGGGAGGGGGACGAGGACGGCGGCGACGACGGCGACGACAGCGAUGCCGAGUCCGUGGACAGCGACGACGUCGACUACGACGAGGAGGCGGCACGGAUCAGGGCCAUCAAGGACAACGUCGAGAAGAUGGACGCCAUGCUAGACACGCUCUUUGCGUACCACAGCGUCUCGAUAACAGCGAACCCCGGUUCCGACCGGGCGUACGCGGCCUUCACGACGAUCCUGCGCGAGUUCGAGCACCUGGUGCUACCGACGUACAAGUCGCGGCAUACGCAGUUCCUGGCGUUCCACUUUGCGCAGAUGCACGAGCGUCUGACGGACGCCUUCUGCGGGCAGAUGAUCCAGGUCGCGUUCGACCAGAACACGGCGGGGGUGGUGCGCCAGGCCUGCAUCGCGUACCUGGCGAGCUUCGUGGCCCGCGGGGCGCACGUGCCGCGCAAGGACGUGCAGGAGAUCUUCGAGCUCGUCGUGGUGCACAUGAACCAGUACCGCGACCGGCACGAGGCGGCCUGCCGCGGACCCGACAUCAAGCGGUUCGGCAUCUUCUACACGCUCGCGCAGGCGGCCAUGUACAUCUUCUGCUUCCGAUGGCAGGACCUGGUGGUGUCGGUGCCGGAGUCGGUGGAGCCGGAUGACCCGACGUCGUAUCUGGGCCAGGACCUGGAGUGGUACGGUACGACGCGGCGCGACCUGUCGAUCCACAUAUUCGGCAAGUUCAACCCGCUCAAGGUGUGCGCGCCCGUCAUCGUGGACGAGUUCGCCAAGCUGGCGCACCGGCUCAACUUUGCCUACGUGUACCCGCUCGUCGAGGCCAACAAGCGGCUCCGGCUGACGCAGUACGUGACGACGUCGUACGCCACCGGCGGCGCCCUGCGCGACGCCGGGGUGGACUCGUCGGGCGACGAGUCCCUGCACCGGCUCGACCCUUACUUCCCCUUCGACCCCUACCAGCUACCCGUCAGCAAGAGGUGGCUCGAGGGCGACUACGUCCACUGGAGGGCCCUCCCCGGGCUGAAUGCCGAGGACGGCAGGGAUGACAGCAGCGACGGCGACGGCGACGGCGGGGAUGACGACGACGACGAGGACGACGCCGGGCUCGAGGAGGCCACGGCUACGGACAGCGAGGUGGACGGUGACGAAUGA